AUGGGCUCGACACCAGUUUUACACCAAGGAUGGGGCUAUGGCCUCAUGAUUGGACUGGGUGUUCUUUUUGCUGUGUUUAUGAUAAUCAUCACCUGGGCACUCAAGAGAUACAACUAUGAGCUUCAGACGUCUGAGAUGUUCACGACAGCUGGGCGGUCACUAAAGUCAGGAUUGGUCGCCUCAUCGGUAUUGUCAACAUGGACAUGGGCCGCGACUUUGCUGCAGAGCACAGCGGUAGCAUACAAAUACGGUGUUUCAGGGCCCGUAUGGUAUGCUUCCGGAGCCACGGUCCAGAUCAUCCUCUUUGCCACGCUCGCUAUUGAGCUGAAGAGACGCGCCCCCAACGCGCACACAUUCCUGGAAGUUGUCAAAGCUCGAUAUGGACCGGUCACACACGGAGUUUACAUUGUUUUCUGUUGCUUCUGCAACGUUCUGGUGACGGCAAUGCUCCUCACUGGGGGAUCUGCGGUCAUUCAAAAUUUGACAGGUGCCCCUGUAGCUGCCUCCGUAUUUUUGUUCCCGAUCGGUGUGGUCGUCUACACUCUCUUCGGCGGUAUCAAAGCAACCUUCAUCACGGACUACAUCAACGGCCUAGUCAUUCUCAUUAUUAUUUUCAUCUUUGCAUUCACAGUCUACUCGACCAAUCAACUCCUAGGCUCUCCCGGGCGAGUAUGGGAAAUACUCACUGAACUUGCGGCCGAGCGUCCCUUAGCUGGGAACUCUGGCGGUAGCUACUUGACAAUGCGCUCUCAAGGAGGCAUUGAGUUCUUCAUCAUAAAUCUCUGUGGAAACUUUGGCACGGUGUUUUUGGAUAACGGUUACUAUAAUAAGGCGAUUGCGGCAAGCCCUAUUGAUGCUCUUCCCGGCUAUGUCAUGGGCGGAAUCAGUUGGUUCGCUGUCCCGUGGUUGACUGCGACGACAAUGGGGCUUGCUGGCCUUGCUUUGGAAAAGUACGACAUUUGGCCGACGUACCCGAACCGUCUAGCCGCUGCGGACGUUGAUGCCGGAUUGGUACUACCCACUGCUGCCGUUGCCCUCCUUGGAAGGGGAGGAGCGGUUGCAACGCUCAUCUUGGCUUUCAUGGCUAUUAUGAGUACCUACUCGUCUGAGCUCAUCUCAGUCUCGUCCAUCUGCACCUACGAUAUCUACAAGACCUACUUCAACCCCGCUGCUACCGGUAAGCAACUCAUGCGAAUCAACUACAUUGGUAUGGGCGUCUUUGCCCUGGUCAUGGCUGGCUUUGCGACCGGUCUCAACUACGUAGGCAUCUCCAUGGGGUACCUCUACCUAAUGAUGGGAGUUAUCAUCUCCUCCGCUGUCUUGCCAGCUGCUUUAACCCUCCUGUGGGACGGACAGUCCUGGGCUGCCGCGACCUUCAGCCCAAUCAUUGGAUUCGCUCUUUCAAUGACCGCAUGGCUCGUCACGACGAAGAUCAAGUAUGGCGAACUAAGUGUCACCAACACUGGCGCCAAUGAGCCCAUGCUAGCGGGAAACUUGACAUCGCUUCUUUCUCCAAUCGUGUUCAUCCCGCUUUUGACCUUUAUGCCGCCUUUCAAGCCCCAGCAGUACGACUGGCAGAGUAUGCUCAAUAUUCGUCAGGCUGACGAUCAUGAGCUUGCUGACGCUGCUCACGUGGAUGUCGAAAAUUCGCCGCAAGAGAGGGCGAGGGCACUGCAGAGCGAUCCUGAUGAACAAAUUAAGCUCGAAAAGGCGGCGAAGACCGCUCGCUGGUUGACAGUUGGUGUGACACUUAUUCUGCUCAUUCUGUGGCCGAUGCCCUUGUAUGGCACAGGCUACGUCUUUGGUAAAUCUUUCUUCACUGGCUGGGUUGUCGUGGGUAUCACUUGGCUGUUUGCCUCUGUGGUUAUGGUUGUCUUCUUGCCGAUCUUUGAAUCUCGAAGCACAAUUGUUCGCACUACGCGUAUGAUGUUCAAAGACCUUUUUGGCAUAAGAGGAAAGGGCAAGCCUGUCAGCGAGGGUAUGUCACCUGGCUGUAGGACCCCACCAGAGAUCACGGAGAAGGCUACGGCCAAGACGUGA